AAUAUAAAUGCAAGGAGUCUUCAAAAUAAAGCAUAUUCAUUGGAGUCCUUUCUCUUAGAAUUUAAUACACACAUAGUUACAAUCACAGAAACGUGGUUACAUCCCUUAAUACUUGAUAGCGAAAUUGUCCCACCAAAUUACAUUAUUCUGAGAAAAGACAGAACGACUAGAGGUGGCGGAGUAGCAAUACUUCUAAAACGAGGUAUCCCCUACGAACAUAUGCCUGAUGUGAAAGAUGUUGAAUCUUUAUGGUGCAAAGUGUCAUUCGAUUAUUAUUCUGUUGUUGUAGGUGUCGUUUAUCGGCCUCCAAACUCCGACCACAAGUGUCUGUACAACUUAUACGAUUACAUGCAACAACACAUUAAAAAUCAAAGGAUUAUUAUGGCUGGCGAUUUUAAUAUACCUGAGGUAAACUGGGAUUCGCUGCAACUUGGCACUGUUACCUCUGAUGCAAUAUUAGACAUUUUAUUUGCGUUUAAUCUGUCACAAAUCGUCAGAGAGCCAACACGGGUGCAGGGAACG